UACUAGGCGCAGUCUUUGUUUAUGAUCGGCGCGCUUGCAAGUGUUUCUAAUAAUAAUAUCGAUUUUAGUAAUAAUAUUGCGUUAAUUAAAGUGAAAUAUCAGUGAUUAGUGCUGUGUUUUUGUGCAGUUUCAAGAAUGGGCAAUAUUCACACCGUCGGACCGAACGAAGCACUAAUUGUUUCAGGAGGAUGUUGCGGGUCUAUGCAGAAGCGCACUAUCGUGGGGGGCUGGGCCUGGGCCUGGUGGCUCGUCACCGACGUCCAGAGGAUUUCCCUUGAGGUUAUGACAUUGAACCCAAUGUGCGAAAACGUAGAGACGGCCCAGGGUGUGCCCCUCACGGUGACCGGCGUGGCCCAGUGUAAGAUCAUGAACGAAGACGAGCUGCUGACUACCGCCUGCGAACAGUUCCUGGGUAAAACCGUCAGGGAGGUCAAGAUGACAAUCCUGCAGACUCUCGAAGGACAUUUGAGAGCUAUACUUGGAACUCUUACAGUAGAAGAGGUGUACAAAGACCGAGAUCAGUUUGCGGGUCUAGUCCGGGAGGUGGCUGCGCCGGACGUCGGCCGGAUGGGCAUCGAGAUCCUGUCCUUCACGAUCAAGGACGUGUACGAUGACGUGCAGUACCUGGCCAGCUUGGGGAAGGCGCAGACGGCGGUGGUGAAGCGAGACGCCGAUAUCGGGGUCGCGCAGGCCAAUAGGGACGCUGGCAUUAGGGAAGCAGAGUGCGAGAAGAGCGCUAUGGACGUGAAGUACGCGAUGGACACCAAGAUAGAGGACAACACGAGACUGUUCAAGCUGCAGAAGGCGCAGUUCGACCAGGAGGUCAACACGGCUAAAGCUGAAGCUGCUUUGGCGUACGAAUUGCAAGCCGCCAAGAUUAAGCAGAAGAUACGAAACGAAGAAAUCCAGAUCGAAGUUGUGGAGCGUCGCAAACAAAUCGAGGUGGAGAAUCAAGAAAUAUUACGUCGCGAAGAAGAGUUGAUAUCCACGGUGCGUCUCCCAGCCGAAGCUGAGGCCUACCGUCUCCAGGCUAUCGCCGAAGGAAAACGCACCCAAACAGUGGAAGCAGCCAAGGCAGACGCCGAGCGCAUCAAAGUGGUUGGUCUGGCGGAGGCCAUAGCUAUCGGCGACGUCGGCAAGGCUGACGCUGAGAGGAUGCUGGCCAAAGCCAAGGUGUACAAGCAGUAUGGAGAGGCGGCCAUCAUGGCGCUGGUGCUUGAGGCUCUGCCUAAGAUCGCAGCGGAAGUGUCAGCGCCGCUGGCGCGCACGGACGAGAUCGUGCUGGUGGGGGACUCGGGCGCGACCGGCGAGGUGGCGCGCCUGGCCGGCGGUCUGCCGCCCGCCAUCAAGACGCUCACCGGCCUCGACAUCAACUCCGUGCUCAAGCGGCUGCAUCCUAACAACGCUGCUGGCGAACCAACUCUGGAACGAACAGCGAGCAAAAAAGUGGCAGCAUGUUAAUUCUCAAAAAUACGCCAUCGGGUUUGAGUUGUUUUAUUCCCUUCGAUUUUCUAUUCUGUGUUUGUAAUUUCCAUCUAAACAUAUCAAUGGGGGCUAAUGUUUUUUCGCUUACUAGAUGGCGCCUCUAGUCGCGUGAGGUUCAAAGACAAAAAAUCUAAAUACUACGGUCUCCAAUAUAGAACAUUUCCAUACAACAACUCAGUCCAUCUCAUACAUGGGCCAGCCAGACUGUGCUUAACACCAACGUGCAAAUUUUCUAUGGAAAUGAACACAUUUCACUACACCGGCGCCUCUAGUGGAGAGUUCAUUCGCGUUAGCCCUCAUUGAAGUUUCGUUUUAUGUUCCUUUAAAGUUUCUGUUAAGUUCGUGACCAAAUUUUGAUAACUAUUAGUCAAAACUCGUGGGCUUAGUGUGGUUAUUGCGGUGUGGUUGUGGUCACGUCACAAUGCCGCACUGUGAUUGGUUGACUGCAUCUCACUGCGAGCGGUCUGGACAGUGAAAUGUGUCUUGCAAACCCAAAACGAACUCUCGAUAAUCUAUUUCAUUGUUUCAUGAAUCAAACAGGAGUUUAUUUACGGUUUUAGUAUUUUUCGUUGUACCUAAUGUAAACUCCACACUGUCGCCGAACUCAGACACAUGCCGUCGCGAAUGCAUAGUUAGUAAUAAGUGCUUUUAUUUACCGCAAUGAAAUACCAGCAAUGUAUACCGAAUCCGCCAAAGUUUGGCAAACUGUUCGACAACAUUGUGAUGCCGGCAGAAGAAUUAUUUUUUGUAACCACGAUUUUGUGGAUAUGCCAUACAACCUCUUUAAGUACAAAUAGGUCUUAUGUUGACGUUAUAUGAACGGAUUUUUGUUCAAUUUAUAUACCUAUUUAAUUUAUUUACUCAUCAAUGUUACCACUUUCACAAAAUUAGAAGGUAUAAAUAAUUAGAUACUUGUGAUUAUGUAAUGAUAAGCAUUUAUCUUGUAUUCAAAUGCAAGUUUUACAUAGCAUACUCGUAUGUAAUAGCAUUUAUUCUAUUAAAUAAAAAUUUUACCAAGAUUUAUUAGAUUUGCAGUUAUCAUUAAGUAUAUGAAAGUGAAUUAAAUUUGAUGUUAGUGUGACUAGUCAAAUCAGAUCCUUUUUUUUUUGUCAAACAUAUCAUCGGUUUCGUGUUGAAUUUUGAAUAGAAUUUAUUUAAGGUGUACUUUUAAUUCAAUACUAUUAUGUAUUUUUCAUGCCAUACCUAAUCUAGCAAUAUUUUUCAUGCCAUACCUAAUCUAG